CGGGGUCCUGAGCCCCCGGGACCGCUCGGUGGGGUCGGGGACGCCAGGGACGGACAGCCCGGGUGUCUGCGGCCGCUGACCGGGGAUCCAGCUGAGCUGACAGCUUUCCGGGCCUGAGCCGGCCCACUUCCGGGGCCGCCGCUUUCACUUUCUCUUCCGCCCAGGCGGCGCCCCUCCCCCUCCUGGUUCUGUCAGCGGCGCCUCCGGGAGGGGCCGGGGUCGGGCUGCGGGGAGUAGUGGGGUCCCCGCCGCCCGCACCCCUCUCGCCCGUCGCUGGCUCGCCGCCGCCGCCGCGCUUGCACCGCCCCGGGCGGGGUGCGGCCCUCGACCCCGACUCCCGCCCGGGCCGCCGAGGCUCCCGCAGAGUGUAGGCCGCCCGCCGGGCCCUGAGCCGCUCCUGGUCCCCUGCGCUCCCCCAGGUGACCGAAGGCAGCGAUUCCCCGGAGCCACGGCCCCCUAGGGGGGAUGGGUGCAGCCGCCCCCGAUGGACGAGAAGACCAAGAAAGCCGAGGAGAUGGCGCUGAGCCUGGCCAGGGCAGUGGCGGGCGGCGAUGAGCAGGCGGCUGUGAAGUGUGCCACCUGGCUGGCGGAGCAGCGGGUGCCCCUGCGCAUGCAGCUGAAGCCUGAGGCCUCCCCCACAAAGGACAUCAGGCUGUGGGUGAGCGUGGAGGAUGCGCAGAUGCACACGGUCACCAUCUGGCUCACGGUGCGCCCCGACAUGACGGUGGCUUCCCUCAAGGACAUGGUGUUCCUGGACUACGGCUUCCCACCCGUCCUGCAGCAGUGGGUGAUUGGGCAGCGGCUGGCACGAGACCAGGAGACCCUGCACUCGCAUGGGGUGCGGCGGAACGGGGACAGCGCCUACCUGUACCUGCUGUCGGCCCGCAACACCUCGCUCAACCCUCAGGAGCUGCACCGCCAGCGGCAGCUGCGGAUGCUGGAAGAUCUGGGCUUCAAGGACCUCACGCUGCAGCCAAGGGGCCCCCUGGAGCCGGCCACCCCGAAGCCAGCAGCCCCCCAGGAGCCAGAUGCAGUCCCUGAGCCCCCGCCGGUGGGCUGGCAGUGCCCGGGGUGCACCUUCAUCAACAAGCCCACGCGGCCUGGCUGUGAGAUGUGCUGCCGCGCGCGGCCUGAGGCCUACCAGGUCCCUGCCUCGUACCAGCCGGAUGAGGAAGAGCGAGCGCGCCUGGCGGGCGAGGAGGAGGGGCUGCGCCAGUACCAGCAGCUCCUGUCCCCCGAGGACUACCAGCGCUUUCUGGACUUGAGCGUCUCCAUCGCCGAGAACCGCAGUGCCUUCAGCUACCACUGCAAGACCCCGGACUGCAAGGGCUGGUGCUUCUUCGAGGAUGACGUCAACGAGUUCACCUGCCCUGUGUGUUUCCAUGUCAACUGCCUGCUCUGCAAGGCCAUCCACGAGCACAUGAACUGCAGGGAGUAUCAGGACGACCUGGCCCUGCGGGCGCAGAAUGACGUGGCUGCCCGGCAGACGACAGAGAUGCUGAGGCUGAUGCUGCAGCAGGGGGAGGCCAUGCACUGCCCGCAGUGCCAGAUCGUGGUGCAGAAGAAGGACGGCUGCGACUGGAUCCGCUGCACCGUCUGCCACACCGAGAUCUGCUGGGUCACCAAGGGCCCGCGCUGGGGCCCCGGGGGCCCAGGGGACACCAGCGGGGGCUGCCGCUGCCGGAUGAACGGAGUUCCUUGCCACCCAAGCUGUCAGAACUGCCACUGAGCCUCAGGGCGGAAUCCCCUCGCCCGCCCGGCCCCGGCUUUCCAGGCUGGGGGUGGGGAGGUGCCUGCAGAGGCCCAGGCUCGUGAGCUGUGUGGGCAGCCUUGUCUGGCGGCCAUCCGUGGCCAUGUGCCCUGUGCCUUUGCCCUCCCCUGGGACUUGCCAGUCUCAGCUCUCAGCUGUCUGCAGCUCCCUGGCCGGAAGCCUUGCUGGGGAGCCUCCUGUGACUCCAUGCUGCUCCCUGAGCCCCGGACUGCUGAACACCGGCGCCUGCAGCCUCGUCCCUCCGCCGGCUCUCUGGGGAUGGCUUUGCCCUGACUACGCCGUGGGAGGCCGAGGGCCUCUGAGAACUGCUGCUAACCUGUGUCGGGCCAGGAGGGCGGCUGGGUGGGGCCUGAAGCUCAGCCUGGGUCUCCCUCCUGCCCCCACAAGCUGAUUAAAGUGGUUUUCCAGGAA